AUGGUGUUUGGAAUACUCGAGGACAGGCACUUGGACCGUGUUCCUGGCACCGGACUGCUAUCGGACCAGAGAAUUGUCGAUGGGCACUCGGUCGCUAUCGACGAGGCCAAGCACCUCAAGCGUGGAACGGGCAAGUACGCACACGUCGUGCUCAUCCCGCAGCCGUCAGACGACCCUCGCGACCCCUUGAACUGGCCACGAUGGAAGAAGGAGGCGUGUUUCUGGACGCUUGCAUUCGCUGCAAGUCUUGACGGCGCGCUGUCGCCCAUGGUCGGGCCUGGCUAUGUCCUACUCGCUAAGCAGUUCAAUGUUUCGGUGGACAACAUAACGUCGUCCUUCGGGUUCAUCCUCCUUGGUCUUGGCAUCUUCAUGCUUGCGCAAAAUGCUCUUGCGGUGAAGUUCGGCCACCGGAUUGUUUACUUGGCCUCCGUAUCUCUGAUGUUCAUCUCGUGCAUAUGGUGUGCCCUGAGUCCGAACCUGGCGUCCAUCCGCGCUGCGCGUCUCUUCCAAGGGUUCGGUAUGUCAGCACUCCAAAGUCUGGUAGCGUCUACUCUGGAGCAGAUUUACUGCGUCCACGAGAGGGGCUCGCGCUCUGUGAUCUGGAGUUUUGCUAUCAUGGCCGGCAUCACGCUGGGCCCAUUGAUCUGCAGCUUCGUGAUUCAGAAUCUCUCCUGGGAGUUCGGGUUCUGGUUUGUGAGCAUCCCCCUCGGUAUGACGGUCAUUGCGGUGUUCUUUUUCGUACCGGAGACCACCUUCAAACGUGAAGUCACGUCGAAUGCGCUGAAGAGACACAGCAGCGACGAUGACAGCUUAGAGAAGGUUGCUGCUGGGAGCGACGUCGAGAGCGUCGAUGCGCCGUCGCAGCCUUCAAUGCCAAGCUACCUGUCACAGCUCAAGAUUUGGCAUGGCACCUUCACAGACGUGAGCAUGUGGAAGAUCUUCCUGCGGCCAUUCCCGUUCCUCCUGUCUCCUGUGACAUACUUCGUGUUUCUCUCGCAUGGGAUGCAGACAGUGUGGUUAAGUUUGGUACCGCUGUGUUCGUCAACGAUCUUCACGCUCGAGUACAACUUCAACGCAUCCCAAAUCGGCUUGACUAACCUCGGCGGGAUCGUCGGCAUCGUGCUCGCCAUGGCCGUCACCGGCCCGCUCAACGAUUGGGGUGUCGUCUGGAUCGCCAAACGGAACCGCGGUGUAUACGAGCCCGAGUUCCGGCUUAUCUUCAUGCUCAGCAUGCUCUUCGGCGUGUUCGGCUACGUCGGAUGGGCAGUCGGGAAUGACCACCACAUGCCUUGGAUUGGCGCCGUCGCCUGCAUCACAAUGCUGAACUUCAGCAUGGUCGUGUCCGGGUCAGCCGCGGUGACGUACCUCCUCGACACGCACGGGCCGAACGCGCUGCACAUCCUCGCGCUGAGCAACUUCGGAAAGAACAUGGUCCUCUACGGCUCGACGUUCUUCGCGAACGGCAUGGUCCUCAGUCGCGGCGUCAAAGUCUCGCUGCUCAUCCUCGGCGCGUGCCAGGCGUUCUGCUGGCUCGCGUCCGUACCCAUGUACAUUUACGGGAAGCGCGUGCGUUCGUUUAUCGCGCGGCAUCCGCACAUGUUUCGAGGAGAGCCGACCGCGCAGCAGGCGUUAACAAAGUAAAACUUCUCUCAGCUGUCACGAAAUUCUAUGUUCGGUAAAUUGUAUCAUCUCGUUG